AUGGCCAUGUUGGUCCAGUUCAGUCUCCUGAGCAUCGAUGCCUAUGGUAUCGGUAGUGAGGGUAAAAUGCUGACUUGGUUCAAGAAGGCGUUCGAGGCUGAAGCCUCCCCGUUUUGCAGCCAAGUGGCUUCUCGAACACAAGCACAAGUGGACCCACUUGUGUGA